AUCUCUGCGAAACCGCGAGACUUCACCAUCGAUAUGCGGCUUCCCCAUCGAUGAGCAGAGAGCAAAACGCAUAUUCCCGAUGGCUUCUUCCUCCUCGUCGUCGCCGCAGCUCUCUCUCCUCCUCCUCCGGCCGCUCCAGUGUAGACCCGUCCUCCUCUCCAAGCACAGGAAGCCAUUCCCCUCUCCAAGAAUUGGCCGCGUAGCAGCAGGAGCAGAGCAGCGGUUGCUGCGGCCGCCGGUGACCGGCCGGUGGAGGAGGGACGGAGGCUUCGCGUGUCUCUCAUACAACGGCAACAACAAGCCGCCCCCGCCUUCCGAUAAGAGUUCGGGCGAGUGGCCGAUCCUUCGCCGGUGGGAUGUGCCAUGGGAGUGGCAAACCGUUGUGCUCGCCAUGGUAGGCUGCGGGGUAAGCUUUGUUCUUACAGGAUUGAUUGAGCAAUCGGUUUUGCAAUACACGGGAUUUAAAGCUGUGGAGGCAACCAUAGAUGAGAAGGCAGAAAUACUCUUUCUUGGGCAACUUAGCGUGACAGUAGUUGUGCUGGGCGUUAUAUUUGGCAUCACCAACACCUUUCGGCCAUUCCCAGAUGAUGUAUUUCGUUAUGACAUUAAAGAACCAUUCAAGCUGCAAAAUGGAUGGCUUUUGUGGGCUGGAGUUGGCCUCUUUGGAGCAAUAAUUUCUAUUGCUUUAGCCGGAGCUGCUAUGACCUAUCUAAAUGGUGAAACUCCAGAGAGAGAGACUGAUUCACUAAUCCUUUUAUUGCCGCUGAUUGGCUCAUCCACUACCAGCACUGCCCUUUUGGUGGGAAUUACUGGAGUUCUAGCACCACUUCUGGAGGAGACUGUGUUUCGAGGAUUUCUAAUGGCGUCCUUGACUAAGUGGUUUCCUACUCCAGUUUGUGUACUUGUCAGUGCUGGUGUAUUUGCCCUUGCUCAUCUGACUCCUGGGCAAUUUCCGCAGCUGUUUAUACUUGGUGUUGCAUUGGGGUUUUCGUAUGCUCAAACCCGCAAUCUUCUGACUCCUAUCACAAUACACGCAUUUUGGAACUCAGGAGUAAUAUUACUGCUAACCAUUCUUCAGCUGCAAGGAUAUGAUAUCAAGGAGCUCUUAGGGGCAUCAUGAAGGUUUCGACAGAUCAGUCAGUGAUUUUAUGCAUAUGAUGACAUCAAGGAUCUAUGUGGGGCGUGCACUGGCACAUAUGAUGAUAUAACUUCAUUACGUAGCAAAAACCACCUAAAAAGAAAUAUGGGUCUGUGAGUUCACUGUUCAGUGUAAAUGUGUAAUAGGCGAUUGCAUAUUCAGAAAUUUUACGUGCAUCGGUCCUCUUUGAAGCUGUUCACAUAGAAAGCAUGACAAGAAGACAUUAAUGCAUAAACUGCAGACAAACUAUGUCCUUGUUCGUGUCAUGAGUAGUUCGUUUUUGUAUAUAUCCAGCCGAGGUUUAAGUUGUUGAGUUCUGUGUAACUCAGCAUAUGCAUAUCAUCAGUAAAACUAAUACAUCUGAAUAUGAACUUGAUCCAGUGUGAUUCUUUCAGACUAUCUAA